AUGUACACGAGGGACGCUGUAAAUAGUCUCCUGGAGACCCAGACGACAGCAGGGAAACGUCACGUGCUCAUCUUCCACUGUGAAUUCUCGUCCGAGCGCGGACCAAGAAUGUACCGGCACUUGCGCAGUCAGGAUCGAGCCUUGAAUCAGGAUCAUUACCCGAAACUGAACUUCCCGGAAGUGUACCUCCUCCACGGUGGAUACAAAGCCUUCUAUGAAUCCCACGGUGACCUAUGUGACCCCGAUAGCUACACUCCCAUGUUGCACCUAGAUCACUGCGCGGACCUACGUCACUUCCGUGUCAAGUCCAAAACGUGGACCGCCGGUAGUGAGAAAGUCAGCAGCAGGCGACAUCGCAGUCGGAUUUUCCCUUCCGGUCUAGACUUUUAG